CGGUUUGGAUCUUCCAACGGAUCUCACCGUUGGAGAAGAUCACAGGCAUGGCUGAUCGCGACAAGGCACACUCCAUCAACCCCAACCACUUCCCUGCCAAGCUGUGGUGCUUAGCGAACCACCCGGUGAGCAGAGCCGUCCGCUGGGACCCCCGCGGCGAGGGGCUCAUCAUCCACCAGCACCUGUUCGAGACGCACUUCUUGACCGGCCCGCAGAACGCCCCUGGCGGAGGAGAUCUCUUUAAGACGACCAACUUCAGCAGCUUCAUCCGUCAGCUGAACCUGUACGGAUUCAGGAAGGUUGAGAGUUGGACGACGACGAGAAGUAGUGGUGGUGGUGGUGGUGGUGGCGGCGAUGGUGGUGGUGGGGGUGACGUUGAUGGUGUGCCUGCCUCCCCGGUGGUGGAUCAUGGGUUGGAGCAUCACUUUCGUCACCCAAAUUUCCGUCAGGGUCGUCCGGAGCUCCUGGUGAAUCUGAGGAGGCUCACCAGCAGCAAUAAAGCCAAACUGGAAGCAGGCCUGGAGGUGAAGUGUAGACCCCCAGGCCGUUACCAUCAAUCAUGGACCGGUAAUAUUGAAGAUAAGGUGGAGAGAAGAGGUGGUUCAGUACUUGGUCAGAAACCACCGGCCCCAGCUUGCCCGUACACUCCAAGCAGGCCUACCCCGCCCAUUAAGGAAUACAGCCGCACCCCAGUCCCUUCCCGCGGUUGGAUGAUGGCCGAUGGCAGUAGACCAUGUAUCCCGAUAUCUGUCCUCCAUCACUACCCUGGAGAGAGCUCUGGCUCUGCCGCGGUCCACAUUCAACAGGGGGCUCACGGUCCAGCAAACCCUGGGCAGAGAUUUUACAAUUUAAUCAGCCACGCGCCGCAAUAUCGGCCCACUUUCUAUUCCUCUGCUUAUGACUUCCACGUUCCAAGCCCAGUUUCGUCAGAUUUAACAGGUGGUGGAAAUCAACUAUCACCAUACCCUCAUCUCAGCUAUUACCAGCCAAAUGUACCGGUGGGUCUGUUGUAUCCCGGCAACCAUUACCAGGAUCUGCAAAGUGUUGAAUCCCAGGACCUAAAGAAAACCGACCUGAACUUGGACACCGUCUUCCAGAUCAUUGAUGAAUACCCAUCGACCCAAAAUGUCUGCAUGGUUAAAGUGGUGACUCCAGAGAGUCCGGGUCCGCCGUCUGGACCUCCCAUCAACAGCCACUGUUCCCCCCUGCCAACGUCCUCCCAGGCCUGGGCGUCCUCCACCUUGGUGGAGGACAAACCUCCAGUGGCAUGCUCUCCUAUCAUCAUCAGCGUGCAGGGAAACAGUGAUCGAGGGACCGGUACCUACGACAGGAAGCCCAUAAAAGAGGAGGUGAUGGAGGAAGCUAUUUUUAAAGCCCCUCUGAGUAUACAUAACCACGCUCUGGUCAAGGUGAGCAGAGACAAGGUAGCUAAGGCCAAGGCCAGCAGUGCACUGAACGAUUCCGCCUUGCCCUAGAGAAAAUAGGCAGUGACGGUAAUCAAACCAAAUUUCCAGAUGGUGGUUCUGAUGUUUGUGGGACUGCAGCUUUGAGGGAUCCAAUCCAAGCCUUUGACACAUUUGUAAACUGUCAUGAUUUUUCCAGUUACGGUUGACUCAGUGGUUUAUAUAAUCGGUUUGUUUACUGUGAAAUUUGUGCGUUCCAAUGUUUAACACAUUUGUAUUUGAUACAUUUGGCACCAAAAGCUAUUUAUACUCUAAAGGAUGUUUAUUGUUUUUGUCUUUGUUUUGGCCUACGUCAACAUUGUUUUACAGAUUGUUUAUAAAUCAUAAUAACAUGCACCCAUAGCAUGUGCAGUGCAAUGUUGCGCUGUCAAGUGUGUGUACUAUUUUUUAAGAA